AUGCCUUCCAGGACUGCAGAUGGCACCACUCUUUUGACAGACUCUGCAGAUCAUCAUAUCCGAUCAUUUGUUCUGCCGCCAGACCUGCUUGACUCACCUUCCAUUCAUCAUCUUUCUCCAUAUUCAACACUCCCUUCAGUAGAGCCAACAUAUGCUUCUGCUGCUUACCCUUUCUUCAAUCUUCAAGACCCAUCCACAACUCUCUUUCUUUCUUCCGUCAGAGAUCACCCAAUUCGGCUGGCUUCAGCCCUUGCCCCAGUAUCAGUAGCAAGCUACUCACUGAUUAAUCCGACAACUGAAGCCUUCAUAACUCCACACUCCAUAAUAUAUCCAUCGUCACUUGGAGGAACUCACUUCCUUACUGGCUCUGAUAGCCUCAUUUGUCUCUUCGAUGUUUCUCGACCUGGAAAGGAUGGCCCUGUCUCAUGGCUGCCAACCAUUCCAAGUAAGCGCAAACAGAUCGUUGGUGGGGGUAUCGGUAUGAAAGGCAUUGUUUCAGCGAUGGCUGUGAGUCCCACUGGUGAUGGAAUUCUGGCUGCCGGCACAUUCACUAGACAGGUUGGCCUAUAUAACUCUAACGGCUCUGGUGAGCUUUUGGGGACAUUCAGCAUUGCAAAGACCGAAGCCAACCGUGUUAUCGGAGGGAAGGGUAUUACUCAGCUUGUCUGGAGUCCUUGUGGGCGUUACCUGUACAUCGCAGAGCGAAAAAGUGACGGUGUGCUUGUCUAUGACGUCCGCGUGACGGGGCAGAUGCUCGGUUAUCUGCGAGGACGCAAAGCUGUCACAAAUCAGCGUAUGGGCAUUGAUGUUGUUGCUGCUGGUGUAGAUGGUGCUCAUGAAGUCUGGGCUGGCGGGACUGAUGGGUUCAUGAGAGGAUGGAAAAACCCGAUGUACGCUGCAGGUGGGCAAGACCCUGAAUGGGAGUUCAAGGUUCACAAUGAUACUGUCAGCAGUACUGUAUUCCACCCCAUGGGCAGUGUUGUUGCUACUUCCUGUGGUCAGCGCCAUAAUUCAAGCAACCCGGAUGACAUCGAUUCAAACGAGAUAAACAAUCAGAAAAAUGGAGAAAACAAUGUCAAAAUCUGGACGUUGCCUUUUCUAGACUCUCGAUCAGAAGAACAAUAG